AUGUUCCGUCGCUGCCUCAGUAGCGCUCCCUCGGCUGCUGCUGCUGCGCCUCGACUGGUCCAGCAGCGCGUCCUGGGCAAGCUCUCACUGCUGCCGAAGACCCCGUUGUCUCCUCUCAAUACCCACGUCUUGUUUGUGACGCGCUCGUCAGCGUCAGAGCUGCCGCACUCGCUGCCCUUUCCCGUCUCCGCCGCAGCUCUGCGUGACUUCCACGCUCGGCCACGCGAGCACUUGUGUGUGUACCCAAAUGUGGACCACACCAGAUUCAAAGACCAGCGCGUCCUGCUCAUGGGACUUGGAGACGCUACAAAAGUGACGCCGACUGUCCUGCGGGACGCGACUCACGGCGCUUUGCGUGUGUUGAAGCAGAAGCGAGUUAAGGACGCGGUGGUGCACGUGCCCGAGCUUGGAGACUGUGAGCUGGAGACCGCUCGGGUCGUGGAGCUCGUGUCGCAAGCGCUGAUGCUGUCCAAUUACCAGUUUGAUCAGUACUUGACGGUGUUCGGGGCCGAGGACGGAGAUGGAGACAGGAAGCUGCAGUUGCCACUGGAAGAAAUGUACGUCGAUGCUUCGGUCGAGUUUCAAAAGAACGUGGAGGAGCAGGCGACGGUGGGUGAGGAGACCAUUUUUGCUCGCAAUUUGGGUAAUGAGCGCUCGCACGUGGUAGAUCCAGCGUUUAUGGAGAAGAUGGCGCGUGCGUCGGCGGAGUUGCCCAACAUGUCGGUCCGAGUGUUGCAGCAGGCGGACUUGGAGAAGGAGGGGAUGCACAUGUUCUUGAGCGUCGGCCAAGCUAGUGUCUGUCCUCCUCGUCUGGUUAUUCUGGAGUAUCGUGGUAAUCCCACCUCGGACGAGAAGAUCGCGCUGGUUGGCAAGGGCAUCACGUUUGACACUGGCGGGUUGAACCUCAAGCCCACGGGCUCGAUUGAAGACAUGCAUAUGGACAUGUGCGGGUCGGCUGCUGUGCUUGGCGCGGUUCGUGCUGCAUCGCGCCAGGGACUCAAGGUGAACAUUGUCUGCGCCCUUGCCCUCGCUGAAAACGCCAUUGGCUCGAAGGCCGUCAAGCCGCUGACGAUUGUCAAGUCGCAUAAGGGUAUCACUGUUGAGAACAACAACACGGACGCCGAAGGGCGUCUAGUACUUGGUGAUGCGAUGUCAUACGUCCAGAAGGAGUACAAGCCCAAGAAGAUUAUCGAUGUGGCUACGCUCACUGGUGCGUGUAUGGUCGCGCUGGGCGAACACUGUGCUGGCCUAUUUUCCAACUCGGACGAUCUCGCCAUGAAGCUGCAGCAGACAGGGGUAGAGUGUCAUGAGCGCUGCUGGCGUCUGCCGAUCCUGCCAGAGCACACAGCUGCCCUCAAGGGCUCGCAAUCGGACUCCCGUAGCACAGGUCGUGGUCGCUACGGCGGUGCCUCUACGGCGGCAGCUUUCCUGCAGCAGUUUGUCUACAAGAAUGUGGACUGGGCUCACUUGGACAUUGCAGGACCGUCGAACUACAGCUCGGCCAAGUCGUACUUCCCCAAGGGAGCCACGGGCUUCGGCGUCCAGCUGCUUUACAACUACCUGAAGAAUCAUGAGCAGCAACAAUAG